GUCCAUAGGUGCCAGAUACCUUUUAAAUGCACUUUGAGCUCAAUGGAUAAAAAGCACUUUAGAAGCGCUAAGUAUUAUUAACCGCCAUUGCCCCCCUUCUUCCCUCCCGCCUUAGCUACCCCUUUUUGCCCAUUGGUCACUCUGUCUAGAGUUCUGUAUCAUGCCUGAUCCAUAGCGGAGUAUCUGAAGUUAGAGUAGUUUGAUGUGCUAAUAGGACUAAUAGAAGUAUAUAGUUCUGCCAGGUCUGGGACAUUAAAAUCUAUAUGCCAUGCACAUCUGCCCAUGCCAGUUCUUAUAGGUUGGGCCAGUUCUGCUGUCAGUGACACCAUUGUAAUUAUUAAAGUCACUGAAGUUACUCUGGUUCUUACAUCUGUCCACCUGAGAGUAGAGCUGGCCCAACGUAUAUAAAAUCUGACAUGGGAGUAGGCAGGCAUAUAUUACAUAUGCCUGGUUGCAUAUUGACUUAGUGGAGUUACUCUGGUUUUACACUUCUUGGCCUGUUCAACAGUAUGUAGUAGGGAAUCCUUCUGCACCAGGUCAGGUUUAUCUUUUUACUGUUAACUGAUGAAUUGGAAUGGGUUCAGGUGGGCCCUUUAACAUAGCAGCCUUUGUGCCCAAAAAGGAAAAUCCGAGUUCUCAUUUAAAAAACAAAACAAAAAAGUCUGUUGUUCCUUUCCCUUCCUGCCAUCCAGCAGAUGCCCACUUCCUAAUCUCCAUUUCUCUUUGAAACUGGUGGUGGGCUGGGAGGUCAGAUGGGUGCUCAAACUUAAAGUCCUCUCCUAAUAAAAAAACAGAGCUGCGGACAGGGCAUUCUCCAGGAGAGGCUCAGAACUUCUGAAUUCUGCCACCAGUUCAUAGUGCGACUUUGAGUAAAUCCCUUGAGCUUUGUGCCUUAGUUUACCCAUCUAUAAAAUGUAAAUACUUUCCUACUACAUUUGAUGUUAUAUAGUUUUAACUGACAUUUGUAAAGUGCUUUGAUGUCCUUACAUGAGAUAUAUACCAGUGCACAGUAUGAUAUAAAAUAAUUACAUUGAAGAUCAAACAAAGGUAGUUAGUUUCUUAGAUAAGGAUUAAAUUUAAUCCCAAGGCAGAGCUCUAUAAAUCCCAUUACUUCCUUUCCCCACUCCGCUGCUAUUUCUCUUAAGUCAUGGCCCCUGUCUUUUACUUAAUGUAUUCUAAACAUAUAUAAUAAAUUGUUCUUUUUAAAGACAUCCACCCCCCCCCCCAAUCUUUGUGACUUGCAAAGUAUCUGUUAUAAUUUAAUUAAGAUAAAAUUCAUCUACUGCUUUUCUUUAAAUAAGGAAAUGAGACACUUGUGGUAACCACUGUUUAGUAAAACACUACUUAGACCUCUGAAUAGAAGGAUUUAGAGUAAAGUGAAAGUGGCUGCUGAGUGCAUGAAAAAGAACUAAUUAUAUGGAAGACACUUCUUAUGAAGUUGAAUUCACAAAAGGUUUUGGCAGCUCCGCAGGUGACUGCGGUUGCAGUGCGAUGCGCAUCCAAGAAGAGUGGAGGCAGCUCAAAAAAUCUCGGUGGCCGCAGCCCCGGGAAACGCUAUGGCUAUAAGAAAACAGAGGGCGCUUUUGUUCAUGCAGGCAACACAUUAGCCACCCAACGGAUAAUACGCUGGCAUCCAGGGGCUCAUGUGGGGAUGGGUUGUAACAAGACUCUCUUUGCUCUGGAGGAUGGGAUUGUGCGAUUCACCAAGGAGGUCUAUGUGCCACCACCCCGCAGCCCAGAGAGCAGGGAAGUGAUCUGUCGUCUACCAAAAGGGGUGGUGCUUUACAAAACCUUCAUCAACGUUAUCCCCACCAAAGAAGUGGGGAGCUUCAAGCUAGUCACCAUGCUCUGAGGCUCUGCUGCCCCACGCAGUAAUGACUGGUGGGGUGGGACUGAUCACCGUGACAAACCUGGCACUCAAUCAAAAAGAUGCCUGGAGGACUCCUCUAGAUCUGAAAUGACUUGUUGGCAACUCCAGUUUCCUGCUCCUAGAACUCAUUGGGUGUAAAUUUGAGAGUUACAAGGUAAUCCGGACCGUCCUGAAGUUUUUUUGGAGAAAUACAUAUCAAAUAGAUGUUCUGGGGUUCUCUAACAGUGUGAGGAUGUUUGUAAAACAAAAAGGGCUCAGUAAAGCUGCCUUUCCCUUCUGGACAGCUGUGCUCCAAUCCAGCUAGAUAUACUGCAAUUUCUGCACAGGAAUUCUCCAGUUCUAGGUACAGCCAUUUUGAUUCUCAGCAUUCCUUGGAACGGCUCCUGUCCUAACUGCACCUGAUGUACACUGGGAAUUCUGAAAUGGGGGUGCGGGGGGAAGAGGGAGUGUCAGUCCAAGAGUGGGAACCUGAGUUCUGAUCCCAACUUUGGCACCAACUCCCUCUGUAGCAUUGGGCCUCAACUUCUGCCUCAGUUUCCGCAUUGGUAAAACCGGGAUAAUGAUGAUCACAUCUUCAAACAUGAACUCUCAUAACCUGUGUGUGAAGUAGGAAAGCAGCUAUUCUCAUGGGGAAACCGAGGCACAAGAUUGCUGAAGGCUGUGGCAUCAGGAUCAUUACUCAGGAGUUACUGAGUCAGCACACACCAAGAGGCAUCAUCAUUAGACUAACUAUAAUCAUUGUUUCUAAUAGGCGGGAGCUAACUGGGGUGGGGAUCAUAGGCUGAGUUUGCAGCAUAUUGGUAACAGUUAUAAACCUUCAUGCAGGGAGUUACUGCAGUUUAUUAGCAUGAACAAGUACCAGAAGGAGCUGUCUCCACUGUUUGUGCUUAUCCUCUGAGGGGAAAGUCCAGGGAGACAUAACCAAUCAGCUCUGCUCACAUGGUGAGCUCUGGUUGUACUGUGGAGCCUGCAUCUUUGCCAGAAGUUUUGUUGUAAAACUCCUCUCUGCUUAGGUAGAAGAGGGAACUCCAGGAGCUCCCUGUCCAAAAGACAGCUUCAGAGAAUGAGAAGAAAAUGUUCUUCUGAAUUAAUCCUGCAAUAGCUUUAGAAUUAUGUCCAGUCCUGCCAUGAUGAGCAUAUUCAAAAAUAAAACCCUACAGUCAAUAGAAA